UCUUAUCAGUAAAAAAAUAUUUAAUUUGUUUACAACAUUUUAACGAACACAAGACGGAUGAUGAGAAAAUUUCACUUUUUGACGUAACUUGUUUUGAAUUUUAAGACAAAAAACUGCGUGAAAAAACAAAUUAGCCAGUUUUAAUACAUUCUUCGCUACAUAAAACAAAAACCAAUCAAAAGUUUAUCAAUGAAAAUCUAGAGCUUUAAAUAGUUUUAUUUUUUGGGGAAUUUGCGCUCAAAAUAAAAAAGCCGUCAAAUUUGUGAUGAAGAUCUGGUACAGAUAAAAAAACAAUGAGGCUGAUGAUUUAACCAUAAUUUGGAACUAUGUUGUAUAUGGAGAGAGCAUAAAAGUUUAAAAAAGAAAAAAGAAAGUACAAUGUAUUAAAAGCAAUUAAUACAAAUAAUAAUAAAAACCAGACAACAAACAAAUACUGACUGUCAGUGCCUUCAAUUAAAAAGUGAAUUUAGUCUUUAAACAGGUGGUUAUGUUGAAGGUAAUAGCCACCUAAAUAGCGGCAGAAUCGUAAUAUUUUUGGAAUAGUAAUAUAAAAAUAAAUAUGUAGUGAUUUGUUUGCAUUUGUACGAAAAAAAGAAAGAAAAACUUUUGUACAUUAAACACUUGAGUAAUUGCAAAUCGAUAAAAACAACAACAACAAUUUAUUAAAACGACUGAAUUACAAAAAAAAUAUACGCAAACUUUCUUUAUGCACUUUGAAUAAAUUGCAAUUUAUGCCAAUUUUGGGUAAUUUUUUUUUUAUUAUUUUACAACAAAAAUAAAAGAAGAAAAUAUCUACAAAACGUUAAUAAUUAUAAUAAUUGACACGCAAAGGUUGUGCAGCUUUAAUUCAAACGCAGUUAAAGUAACGUACGCAAGCAAGCAAGCAGGUUGACUUGCUGACAGACAGACAGAUAUACCAUCCAACUUUUUUUUAUAUUAUAGCCCAGAAAUACCUCAAGUUAACAACGACAACAACAACAACAGCAAACAAACAAAGAUUCAUUCAUUCAUCAAACAAAACACACACAUACACACUUAAGCAGCUGCACUGCUCAGCCCAACUGAGAAAAAAGUGAAACUUUAAAAACAAAAUUUUAGUUGUGAGUCUUAAUUCGUUUAAACAACAACAUAAAAACUACAAUAAAAACAAAAAUAAUUUAAAAUUAUUUUUUCUCCGUAACAAAAAAAAGCCUUCUUUACCAACUUUAAACAACAUGGCCAACCCUUCCUCCAGCAGCACAGCACCUGUGGUGGUUGAGAAAUCUGUAACAGCACCAGUGAAAAAACGCACCAACAGCAGUAGAGAGCAGCUGCAACAAAUUAUUUCUGGUGGCCUGGCGGCGGCCAUAACCAGAUCAACUUGUCAACCUUUUGAUGUUUUAAAAAUACGCUUUCAACUACAGGUGGAACCUUUAGGUACUCAAGCCGUUGCCACCGCAGCAAAAAAAUCCAAAUACAUUUCCAUAAAUCAGGCCAUUAAAACCAUAUACAAAGAGGAAGGUCUUUUGGCCUUCUGGAAGGGUCAUAAUCCUGCUCAAAUUCUCAGUAUCAUGUAUGGCAUUUCACAAUUUUGGACUUAUGAACAAUUGAGUUUGUAUGCUAAACAAACUACGUAUCUUAAGGAUAGAACGAAUUUAUCCAAUUUUAUAUGUGGAGCCUUGGCAGGAAAUGCAGCGGUUAUUGUAUCCACACCCCUAGAUGUCAUACGUACACGUUUAAUAGCUCAGGACACUAGCAAAGGUUAUCGUAAUGCCACACGUGCUGUGGCGGCCAUCAUAAAGAAUGAAGGUCCUCGUGGCAUGUAUCGUGGUCUAUCGUCGGCUCUGCUACAGAUUACUCCCCUAAUGGGUUCGAAUUUUAUGUUUUAUCGUCUAUUCUCACAAUCUGCCUGUAAAGUUUUGGAUGUUAAGGAGAGAAGCCAAUUGCCCACCUGGACUUUACUUAUUAUGGGUGCAUCAUCGGGCAUGCUUUCUAAGACUAUUGUCUAUCCCUUCGAUCUAAUAAAGAAACGUUUACAAAUUCAGGGCUUCGAAUCGAAUCGUCAAACUUUUGGGCAAAACAUACGCUGCACCGGUGUCUAUAGUUGUUUGCGAGAGACUAUUAAACAAGAGGGUGUGCGUGGUCUCUACAAGGGUGUAGCUCCCACACUCCUUAAGUCCAGUCUAACAACGGCUUUAUACUUUAGCAUUUAUGAUAAAUUGAAACAAAUACGCUGGUCUUCAGCCACAACAACUACAACAUCUUAGCAUUUUAAUAUCUAAUGUUUUAAAGUGUUGUUGUUGCUUGUUUUCUAUUAGAAUUUCUUUUGCUUUCUUUUUUUUUUCUUUUUUACAGUGUAUAAUUUUUAAUUUAUUAUUUUA